CUGUGGCUUGGUUUUGGUGCUCGUUUCUCGUUUGUCGCUGUGUUUGAAAUUUAGUUGCCCUGCAGUUUGAUGCUAAUUCAAAUAAAAACACGUAAAAAUUGGCUGUACAAUUCAGUUAAUUCAUUGAAUGCACUUAAACUUGGCAGAAACCAUGCUGAAACAAGAAAGCGGGAAUUUGGCUGAAUUCGAGUAUGAUAUAAACCAGAUGUACAGCGUGGACAGCAUGAAUCUAGAAGACCUAGGGUCGCUGGGCACCUUCAACAGCCAGGGCAACCUCGUGGUGCUGUCUCCACCAGAUGUCUCCGAAGAGACUUUGGACAUCGCCUAUGCCAUGCCUAGCGUGCCAAACAUUGAGGAUAUGAUGCCGGUGUCGCCGCGAGGCCCGCCGGCGCGCACUCCGUUCCCCGGAGGCCUGAACUUCGCCGUCGAGAUAAAUGCUGCUGACACCAACCGCAAGAAGUACUUGUACUCGCACCAACUGAACCGCAUCUAUGUGGACAUCAAGACCAACUUCCCAGUCCAGUUCCGCUGGGACUUCGAGCGAGCGGGCAGCCCCAUGUUCGUGCGAGCCACCACCGUGUUCUCUGAUGACGCGCAGUCCGAGAAAAGAGUGGAGAGAUGCCUGCAGCACACACAUGAGAGCGCCAACGCUGGCGUAGACCCGACCAUAGUGCAGAACGUGCUCCACUCGUCGGCCGCGGCGGGCACGCAGGGCGUGUACUACUGCGGCGCACCCGGCCUGCCCGACUCGUGGUACUCCGUGCUGCUGCGCUUCGACGGCCGCCCGCAGGAGGCCUACUCGCACGCCUACCAGUUCGUCUGCAAGAAUUCAUGCUCCAGUGGGAUCAAUAGACGGUCUAUUGACAUCAUUUUCACACUUGAGGAUCAUACGUGA